AUGUCGACGGCUCCUUCUAUAGUUGUGCCCGAUGGUUUUACUCUGCACACGGAAAAUACGUCUCAUCUGCUACUGUCGUCAAACGAAGCGUUCUUGAAUCCCGUUCAAGAGUUCAAUCGCGACCUCAGUGUGGCAUGUAUCAGAAUCUGGAGCGAGGAACUCAAUUUGUUGAAGGAGACUCGAUGGAAACUCGGCCAGGAGAAGAAGGCCAACAAGGCCAAUGCGAGGAAGCGGCAGAAAGUGGAAAAUGGUGCUUCAGUGGAUGUCGUUGCAACAGAAUCUGCUGAGCAAGAGGCCAAGGGCGUUUUGCAGAAGGAGCCUCAAUACAGGCCCUACAAAGUCGUCAUUCUUGAAGCAUUGUCUGCUACUGGACUUCGGUCUAUCCGUUACGCCAAGGAGAUACCGCUUGUAAAAUACGUGAUUGCGAAUGACUUGUCCAGCGCGGCAACAGCCGCCAUGAGGCGCAAUGUCAAAUCCAAUGGAUUCCAACUUUCCAGCACGGGUGAUGGGAAGAUACGAAUCAAUGAAGGGGAUGCAUGCACGCUGAUGUAUAACCAUCGCGAGGAACGCCAGCGUGUGGAUGUUGUUGAUCUUGAUCCGUAUGGGACCGCUGCUUCCUUCAUCGAUGCUGCCGUUCAGAGUGUAAAUGAUGGUGGCCUUCUUUGUGUCACUUGCACUGAUCUUUCAGUGCUUGCUACUAACAACUACCCUGAGAAGUGCCUAUCCAAUUAUGGUGGUAUUCCUGUCAAGUCGGAGUAUUGUCAUGAAGCUGCGCUCAGACUCGUGCUCCACGCUGUUUCAGCAUCCGCUUCAAGAUACGGCCGUUAUAUUGAACCGUUGCUAUCGCUCUCGAUAGACUUUUAUGUCAGGCUUUUCAUCAAGGUGCAUACGUCCGCAGUUGGAGUCAAGAAAGCGCUUACGAAAAUAUCUGCCUAUUUCGUUUGCACGUCGUGUCAAUCAUUCUAUGAGCAGCCGUUGGGCAGGGUUACAGAAAAGAAACACGAAACUUCUGGGAACAUCAAUUAUAAUUUCAGGACACAUCCUGGUCCUGUGGUUUCUGAUAGAUGUCCAGAAUGUGAAUCCGCUUUACAUAUAGCAGGUCCGAUGUGGUCAGGUCCCAUUCAUGACACAGAUUUUGUUGCCAAGGUUUUGGAGCACGUCGAAGGGAACCCUGAUUCGUACGGAACUUCUACCCGAAUGAAAGGGAUGCUUACUGUUGCAAAGGAGGAACUGCACACACCAUUCUACUUCACGCCAACGAGGGUGGCAAGUUUCUUCCAUUGUCAAACACCGUCACUAGACGAAAUGGCUUCUGCUCUCUUGCACGCGGGGUAUCUAAUUUCCAGGUCUCAUGCGACGCCUGGAUCUUUGAAAACGACAGCGACACGGGCGGACCUCCAUGAUAUAUUCCGAUCAUUUGUCAAAUUGCAUCCCGUCAAGUUGGAGAACGUCUCAGAAGCAUCUCCAGCUCGAAAAUUACUUGCCAAAGAACCCAAAACGGAGGCAAACUUCAAAAGACACCCACAAUCUGUUACAGCUUCGUCAAAAGUGAAGUUAGUGCGUUAUCAAGAGACUCCUCAGAAUUGGGGACCAGGAUCGAGAGCAGUGUCGGGAACGGGAUCUAAAAGAAAGCGUAAGGCAGAAGAUUGA